CCGCCGCUGUCCCCGCCCUCGGGGCGUGCCGGAAGCGGGCGGGCCGCGGGCUGAAGCCGCCGCCAUGUCGGCCAUGGCGGGCUCGGCUGCCGAGUGCCUGCGGGAGUGGGAGGAGCUGCAGGACGGCUUCCAGCGCAUCCAGGACAACCACAGGCUGUACAAGCAGAAGCUCGAGGAGUUAACCAAGCUGCAGGACGGGAUCUCCAGCUCCAUCGCACGGCAGAAGAAGCGGCUGAAGGAGCUGGCGUUGUCCUUCAAGAAAUGCAAAGCCCACGCGAGCCCCGAGCAGCAGGAGACCAUCCAGGAGACCCAGAGCCUGAUAAAGGAGAGGCAGAACGUGUUCUUUGAGAUGGAGGCCUACCUGCCAAAGAAGAACGGGUUGUACCUGAGUCUGGUGCUUGGGAACGUGAACGUGACGCUGCUCAGCAAGCAGGCCAAGUUUGCCUAUAAAGAUGAGUAUGAGAAGUUCAAGCUCUACCUCACCAUCAUCUUACUCAUUAUCUCCUCCUCCUGUCGGUUCCUCGUCAAUACCAGGGUGACAGACGCUGUCUUUAACUUCCUCCUGGUGUGGUACUACUGCACCCUCACCAUCCGGGAGAGCAUCCUCAUCAACAACGGAUCCAAAAUCAAAGGCUGGUGGGUUUUCCAUCACUACAUCUCUACCUUCCUCUCGGGAGUCAUGCUGACAUGGCCAGAUGGGCUCAUGUACCAGAUGUUCAGGAACCAGUUCCUCUCCUUCUCCAUGUACCAGAGCUUCGUGCAGUUCCUGCAGUACUACUACCAGAGCGGGUGCUUGUACCGGCUGCGAGCGCUGGGCGAGAGGCACAACAUGGACCUGACCGUGGAGGGUUUCCAGUCCUGGAUGUGGAGAGGCCUCACAUUCCUGCUUCCCUUCCUCUUCUUCGGGCAUUUCUGGCAGCUCUACAACGCGGUCACCCUCUUCCGGAUGCUGCAGCACCCAGAAUGCAAGGAGUGGCAGGUCCUCAUGUGCGGCCUCCCCUUCCUCAUCCUCUUCCUGGGCAACUUCUUCACCACGCUCCGCGUCGUGCACCAGAAGUUCCAGAACAAGAAUAAGGACAUGAAGCAGGACUGAAGGGGGGCAGUGUGGGGGCCAGGACUGUUUCUCCCCCCCAGCUCCAUCUCCCAUCCCUGUAUCUCCUCGAUGCCGUCCAGAUUCUGGUGUCUCACUCCAUCCCUUGGGUGUGGGAUGGGAACAGACUGUGUGUUCUCUGCGGUGCUGGAUCCAUGUCCCUGUCACUCCCCUGGAAUCGGGGGCAUCCUGCCCCAUCUGCCUUUACCUGCAGGGGAGCGGCGUGCCCGGGGCUGCUGCUCCCUCCCCUCAGCCCUGAAGACAGUUACUGGUCCUUGGGGUCAGCCCAGCUCUGUAAGUGCUCCCCAUCCCAAUGCACCACUGGGACAAGGCAGUGUCCAGGGGUGAUGGUCACCCGUUCCAAGGCCCUCUCUAUGUUCCAAAGCAGCUGGAAGUGCUGGUUCUUACCCCAGCUCCUCCUUUACCAUCAAGCCCCAGGGUAGAGGUGGAGGAGCUGAAGCACCAGAGGGGUGGGAACACCACAAGCCUGAUCCAGGCUUCAUCCUGGAGCUGUGCAAACAGCACCUUUGGCACCUCUGGGGGAUGCACUUGUGACAAUAAAGGGAAGGUGCUGUCUGGGUCACUGA